UGCCCCUCCCAGUGUCGCCGGGGACGCUAUAUAACCGCACCCGCUCACGGGCUUCCACUAGUUGGAAAUUCACUUCGACACGCUAACAACAUGAACACCAUCACCGUUGUCGCCUUCUUCGGCCUUGUGGCCGCCGCCUGCGCCGGCUUCGUCGGCGGCUACGGCGGAUACGGCCACGGCCUUGGCUAUGGUCUCGGCUACGGGCACGGCGUCGGAUAUGGUCACGGUGUCGCUGUCGCUCCAGUUGCCGCUGUCCACAAGACCGUCGUCGCUCCCAGCUACAGCGCCGGAGCUCAUUACGGCUCCGUCCAUGCUGUCGGCCACGGCUAUGGCCAUGGUUACGGCUAUGGCGGCUACGGUCACGGCUACGGACAUGGCCUCGGAUACGGCCAUGGCCUCGGAUACGGUGUCGCUCUCAAGGGUGUCGCCGUCGGUCUUGGCUAUGGUCACGGAUACGGCCACGGCUAUGGCUAUCAUGGUUAAGCGUUAUUUAUUUUACCGGAGACUGGGAAGUAGGAUCUUCAAAUUGGCACCAGGCGCCUCGUGGGACAAGUGUCGUCGUGCAGGAGAAGUUAAUAAAAUUAUACGCGAUGAAAGCAAUUUGGUUUGUUCCUAUUUUCA